AUGUUUCUCAACGGUGGAUACAACGAGAAACAUAGGACUCUUUGUCUCCAGGCUUAUCAAAGCGACCAGGGAAUUGUCUUCGAAGCUUAUGUUGACACUGCACAACAAAUAAGCAACUUGCUCGAUUACCAAAAGCAAACUUACAUCACAAAAGCGAAGACCGUCGGUCCCCAACAUCACUACGGACAAGAUGUAAACCUCAUAUCUAUGGGGAUUCUGAUGGGAAGACCAGACGAGUAUUUGACUGUGACUCUCUAG